AGCUCGAUCUGCCUCUCUCCUGUCUUUUCAUACUUUCCAAAGAAGAGGAAAGUUCCUCUUCGUUUUAGUCCUUCCGUUCAUAUCGGAUACUGCUAGACGAGUCAGCGCGGUGCGACCACAGUCUCAUUCCAGCUUGUGCCUGUUACCAACUCCUUGGGCAAUUCCUCCAUGAUGUUCCGACAGGCUUGGGCAUUGGUGAUCAUGCCGGCUAUGGCUCUUGCAGGCGGGGACACCUACUUCACCGGCGACGCCACGUCGUACACGCUCGGACAGGUAUCCGCCGGCAAUUGCAACUUCAUGUACGACCCCGGUGUCGAUGACAACUACGCCGCGUUGAACAGCGAGCAAUGGGACUCGACACUCAACUGCGGCCGAUGUGCCGAGGUCUCGUGUGACGACGACAGGUGCAGCGACACGACCAGCACUCAGAUCGUCUACAUCGUGGACAGGUGUCCGGAAUGCAAGCAAGGCGACCUGGAUCUGUCCCCAGCCGUGUUUGAGGCGAUCACAGGCAGUGACCCGGACCGCUACAGCAUCAAAUGGAGGUUCGUGGACUGUCCCGUGAGCGGCAACAUCGAGUACUGCACGAAGAGCGGCAGUAGCAGCUCGUGGCUGGCCAUUCAACCUGCAAAUUUCGCCAGCGGCGUGGCCAGCAUGAAAAUCGCCAACCAGGACGUGACGAUGGUGGACUCGUGCUACUACUACCUGCUAAACGGCGGAUCGAACGUCGACAUGUCGGCGGUGAGCGUCGAACUCACGUCAUUCUCAGGUGAGACCAUCACCGAGACGCUGUCGCUCACGGCCGACGAGUGCACAGAGGGCACGUCCAACUUCCGAGCCAGCACGACGCAGCAGAGUUCGACGCAGCAGAGUUCUACCAGCCAAACCAGUCCGUCCACCACGGCACCGGCAGCUACGACUGCGACACCGACGGCUACUACAGCUACGCCGUCGAGUGGCAGUUCGUCCACCCAGCAGAACGAAGUCAACAAGUACUUUAACACUCUCAAAUCGAGUAAUUCCAGUGGUGGAGACGGCUACCAGGCUGGCAAAGUGACGGCAGCCGACGAAUCUGGCAGUGGCGUGUCCAUCCUGCAGUCGAGUGAAGCUGGCGUGGAGAAGACGCCCAGUACGCAGCAGACGGACGACGCUGACCAGACUGCGGACUCAGAUACCAAACAGGUGACCACCAAGACGAAGGCGAAGUCGUCCGGUACAAGUCCAGUAUUCAUCGCGAUGGCCGUCUUGGCUGCAGUGGGAGGCAUCGCGCUGGCUGCUGUCGCCUACUCCGUCAAGAAGAAGAAACUGGACGACAAACGGAUCGACCGCGAUGAAAACCUGGCCCGUUCCUUCGACACAUUCAGCUCACCAUUGCGUAUCAACGAGACCAUCGCCCAGAUCUAAGCCACGUUGUGUAUCACCAAACCAGAAAUGCAGUAGUUGUAGUGUGGACGUCGCGUAAAUUUCUUUUAUAUAAACAUUUUUUUAAAGUCUA